AUGAGAUAUCCACUGGUCCUGGGUUGUCUUCUGACUACUGUCCUUGCAGUAGUUCAGGCGAGAAAACCGAAUUACUGUAGACUUGCAGCAGACCCCGGACCCUGCAGGGCUGCCUUCCCCAGAUACUACUACAGCCACAAGGACCGGUCAUGUCAGCCAUUUACUUACGGAGGGUGUAGCGGUAAUGAGAACAACUUCUCCACUGAGUCUGAGUGUCAAGCAGCAUGCGUGUGCACUCAAGGGUCAAGAAGAAUCCGCCGAAUCAGCUGUCCGAAACGAUACUAUUUCUUCAACGUUCGAAACGGCAAGUGCAAACGUUACCGCCGCCGACGAGGCCGAAGAGGCUGUACCAGAAAAGCAAAUCGUUUCGAGAGCGUCGAGGAGUGCAGUUCGGUGUGUGCGACGUCGCACUGCUACUUGAGGCCGAGCAGAGGACCUUGCAGAGCUCUCAAGAGGCGCUUCUUCUACAACGUUGCCAGCGGCCAGUGCGAGAGCUUUAACUAUGGAGGGUGCGGAGGAAACCGAAACAACUUCGGGUCAAUGGAGGAAUGUGAUCAAGACUGCACCACACCCAUUCAGGGAGUAAAAGACCCUUUCAAUGGCCACACAGAUUGUCUCCUCCCCAAAAAGACAGGUCCAUGCAGGGCUCGUAAACCCAGCUUUUAUUACAAUACUGAGUCCGGUGAAUGUGAGUCUUUCAUCUACGGUGGUUGCCAGGGUAACGCUAACAGGUUCCCAACACAGGAGCAAUGUUCCGAAAAAUGCAUUCCCAAACCGUUCAAUGGCCACUCAGAUUGUCUCCUACCAAAAACGACAGGUCCAUGCAGGGCUUACGUCCCUAGUUUUUAUUACAAUUCCGAGUCUAGUGAAUGCGAGUCUUUCAUCUACGGUGGUUGCCAGGGUAACGCUAACAGGUUCCCAACACAGGAACAAUGUACCGAAAAAUGCAUUCCCGAACCGUUCAAUGGCCACUCAGAUUGUCUCCUGCCAAAAAAGACAGGUCCAUGCAAGGCUUACUUUCCUAGUUUUUAUUACAAUUCCCAGUCCGGUGAAUGCGAGUCUUUCAUCUACGGUGGUUGCCAGGGCAACGCUAACAGGUUCCCAACACAGGAGCAAUGUACCGAAAAAUGCAUUCCCGAACCGUUCAAUGGCCACUCAGAUUGUCUCCUGCCAAAAAAGACAGGUCCAUGCGAGGCUUAUUUUCCUAGUUUUUAUUACAAUUCCGAGUCCGGUGAAUGCGAGUCUUUCAUCUACGGUGGUUGCCAGGGUAACGCUAACAGGUUCCCAACACAGGAGCAAUCCGGCUCCAGCGGGGUCAUCGACAAACAACCACGGAAGGAUGUCAACAUCAAAAUGAGAGAUGCUAAUGCCAAGAUUGGUCUGGACAAUAUAGGUUUUGAGGGAAUUAUGGGACAACUUGGCAGUGGCGGUGGGUAG